CAGAAACCGAUGAAACUCGACAAGAUGAAACAACGUGACUGCCAGAGAUUCGGCUUCCCCAAACCGGCCGGGUACUCCAUUUCCCACUGGCUGGGAUCGGUUCAGGGAGAUCCGCUGCUGAACCAUCGAACCGCGCCAGAAUUGCCGCAGUCUGCAGAUGUCGUGAUUAUUGGAUCGGGCAUGUCCGGAACCGUGAUUGCCAAACAUCUCACAGAAACCUGGCCAACGAAGAAAAUUGUGGUCAUCGAGGCUCGCUUGUUCUGCUCCGGUGCUACAGGUCGCAACGCUGGUCACUGCAAGCCCGAUCAGUGGCGAGGAUUUGUUGAGUACGAGCGACAGUUUGGGACCGAGCAGGCCAUGAAGAUCCUGCAGAAUGAACAGCAGACAUGGUCCGAGGUAGUACACUAUAUUGAGAAAAACAAUGUCGAGUGCGAACACUGGACUGGACCGACGUUGGACGUUCCCAUUACGCCCGAAGCCGCGCGCAAAGCCCGCACAAUCUUUGAGCGGUACAAAGCCGCCGGAGGGAAGGUCGAUCACAUCAAAGUGACCCACGACCCCCAAGAAGCAGCGGAGAUCUCACAAAUGACAAAUGCACAAGCUUGUUACGCGUGGCCGGCAUCCACCCUGCACCCUUGGAAACUGGCGGCCCAUGUGAUGCGAGAGAAUAUCAGGAGAGGCGUGAACCUUCAAACCAACACCAGAGCCACCGCCAUCGUCCCUUCUCCAACGAAGGCUGGCUAUUGGAUCGUGAAAACCGAACGCGGUGACAUUGAGUGCGCACAGGUCGUCCAUGCUACCAAUGCGUAUAGUUCAGCUCUAGAGCCGUCUCUGCGGGGCUUGAUAACGCCACGUCCUCAGAUGUGCAACCGAGUCACGAUCCCUGAGACCGCUACAGACUUUGCAGGGUUCAAGAACUCUUAUGGAAUUCUCCUUGGGCAGGACGACCUGAUUAGCAUUAAUCCCCGCCUGAAUGGUGAUGGCGCCGUUCUGUUUGGCGGCAGCAACCCAGGCCAAGGGGAGUUUAUGAAGUGGCUAGACCAGAAUCCGGAGCGAUGCAUUGAUGAUGGUAUGACCGGACAUGACGCAAUCAAUAAGGCUGUUCAAGCGUUCGCUGUCGGCGAAGUGAAGGGAUGGUCUGCCGAUGAAUUGCAACAGGAAGAGCCUUACACGCAUGCUUGGAGUGGUAUCAUGGGAAUGAGCGCCGACGGAGUGCCAUUUGUCGGAGAGCUGCCAGGGCUUGCGGGUCAGUGGGUUUGUGCUGGUCACAACGGACAUGGCAUGGCUCGUAUCUUCACCACUGCAGCAGGCUUGGUCAAGUUGAUGGCAGGGAGGUCGUGGGCUGAGUCGCAGCUCCCUGGGGUUUUCCAAAUCACCGUGGAAAGGGCUGCGCGGUUAAGGGAAGGCUGCAAAGCAUCAGCUGCGGUCGUCGCUCGUAUCUGAAUGAAUGCACAAUUCUGAAUGCCAUAGACAGUCGUCUUGUUUUCUACAGUUGAGGUAACCAAACAUGGGUGCACUAUACGCAUGAUCUACA